GUUGUGGCUCAAAUUGGCCCUCUCUCCCCUAUAAGACUCACCACUCUCAUACCAUUUUCCUCCAAAAAACCCACCAUUUCAAUUACAACCACUCAAGCCAUGCUGCCUGGUGACAUUUCAGGAGUCCACUUCUUAUUACAACAAGAAAACCACAUCCCACAAUCCUUCAACUUCAACUAUCCAAACCCUCUACUUUCAGUCCAUGAAUUCACUCAACAAUCCUCAGGCACUGUAAGCAACAACUCCACUUCUGACGAGGCUGAUGACCUCCAACAAAGCGUCGUCGACGAGAGGAAGCGAAGGAGAAUGAUUUCAAAUCGAGAGUCCGCUCGUCGUUCCAGGAUGCGUAAACAGAAGCACCUGGACGAGCUUUGGUCACAAGUCCUUAAGCUCAGAACAGAUAACCAUAAUUUGAUUGAGAAGUUGAAUCAUGUCUCUGAGUGUUUUGACAAGGUAGUUCAAGAGAAUAAGGAACUCAAAGAAGAGGCUUCGGAUAUUCGAGAAAUGCUCGCUGAAUUACAGAUUGGGAGUCCGAGUAAUUACACAGCUGCUUUGAGAGUGCUUGAAGAGGUCCCCUGCAACACAGCACAUGUUAGAGCAGAGUCAUCAUCAUCAAUACAAUCCAAUAUUACUAGUUCUAUAAACUUGCGUCAUUGAGACCAUGAUGAGGCAGUUUAAAUUUGACCUUUAUCAAGCACCACUAGUGUUAUCUAUAUAUGUCUCUCUUGCGUGUAUGAGAUCAGAAAAAAAGAGAGAGGCCGAAAUAACAUGUUUUUGACCCUCUUUUUUUUUUUUUUUUGUUACGGACCAAUCAUGUCUUUUGGACAGUUGAGUGGGCAUAAACUUCAGGCCACCAGAACAGCCCACACAACGUUGGCGAUAGGUAAGACUGGACCAAACCCAUGCGGGUAGGGGCACGGAAGUGGGAUAAGCCCACAGAACCGUAAUUGCACAAAGAAAUAUCACAACCGGUUGAUUUGAA